AUGACUAGCACGGAUCACCAUCCUGUGGCGGGCCCCCUCCGGCCGCCGCACAGAACGUCCUACUCUGCCGGGAAGUCCGUUACGAACGCGCUUUUCGGCAACCAAGUUGACGAUGAUUCGCCGGGAGCCCUGUCCAGCGUGUACGCGGCGCGUCGAACCCUUUCGCAAGACACGUCAGCGUCGCUGCUUUGCUCUGUAGAUGCCGCCGGCAUAAAGCAGUUCGAGAACGUGGAGCGAGCCUCUGUUCCCGCAGUCCCCGCCAAGACUGUAAAUCUCUCUGCGACCGACUUACUGCUGCUCCUCAGCCCUAGUGUCGCCAAUAACGCAAACCUCCACGCAUCCACGAACAACCCGUACGGUUGUCGCGAGUGCUCGGGAAAGUUCCCCUCGUUAAACGCACUGAACGAGCAUUAUCAGGAAGAGCAUCAAAAGGAGACCCACCUUUCUAAUUCCAACUCCCCUCUUAUCCAUGGCGCCGGAGCGCUUACGCCAACUAGCGGGUUCUCAGACCGUCCGGAUUCGGGAUCCCCGGCGAUAGAGUCUUCGGUAUCGAACAGCGGGCGCACGAAUCGCGGCAAUGGACGGCGCGUUCUCAGCGGUCCGCUCGAGGCGCCGCGACGACGCACGGGACGGCGCGUCGUGAGUGGACCGUUGGAGCCGCGGAGAGUCACCGCGCGGAAGACUAGCGGUCAAGCGAGUCCGAUGAGUCAAACAAGUCAAGGCACGGGAGAAGACGAGGCGUCGCCACCCGCGGACUGGUCUUGCGGAACGCCGAACGGGCGGAAGCGCACGCGGAUUCCGUCAGAACCGAUUCAGGAGUCCGCAAUGAGCGGCGAGAGCUCCGAGACGAAAGAAACUGAAUGCUUCGCUGGUCCCGCGUCUUCCGCGGGUGGCGCCUCGCAAGAUCUUAGCUCGUCUUCCGCCGCCGCGACUGCUGCGACUGCUGCGACCGCUGCGACCGCUGCGACCACUAGCAAUAGGCGGCAAACGAAGGGGACCGCCGCCGCAGCCGCUUCUACCACCCCCGAGCGUUCCCCCCCUUCCGCCUCAGCCACGGAAGCGCGGCACGUUGCACGAAGCAGCCAUUCGGAUCAGCAGCAGCUCGUGACGCUCUUUCAAGCGCUCACGCCGGGCGGGGAAGCUCCGCGCGGAGAGCACGGCGGAGGAGCGGCGGUCGCGCGGCACACGACGACUGUGGCGCAGCCGGGUUCAGCCGCGGGCGCUAGAAUUAUCGCCGUUCCCCCGCGUCACCCGCAGCCGCACUCGGGUCGAAAGAACGUGGGUGGCGCGGAUCGAAGCGGGGCUGGCGGAACGAAAGCGGCUGCAGCGGCGGGUAGCACGGCGGGCCGUGUGGGUUCUGGGGGCUCGGGUGGAUCUGGCUUGGGAGGGGGUAGCUCCCCGGAUGCGGUCGCGCGGAGACGUCAGGGUGAAGCGGGUCCGGCGCUGGCGGAUAGACCCGCGCCACUGGAGGGCCCUGCGGACGUACCCUCGGAAGCACUAGCUGCGGCCGUUACUGCCGCGAUCGUUCCCGCAGAAGGUGCUCUGCCCAAGGGAAGCUUUGCCUCGGGAACGUCAGGCGGAGCACGCAACUCUCUAGGCGCGUGGUGGAGCUCGCCGGCGUUGUUUCGACCGUCCCGUGCGGCGCGUUCGCGCUCCUCCUUUACUCCUUCCUACGCCUCGCUUCCCGGUCGCGCGUUCUUCUCCGCCGUUUCUGCCGUACAUGGUGCCGCAUUUCCCGGCUUGUGUGGAGAUAAGUGGCUGUAUGCUCCCCUUGCUGCCAGAUGUGCUGCCGAAGGGGCAAUUGCAGUUGUUAUUCAAUACACCCUCUUCCCGGAGCUCCUGGCAGCGGGGCAGCAGGAGGAGGCAAGUGCGGCCCUCUCAUGGGUGUAUGACAACAUCCAUGCUUAUGCUGGCGACCCUGCUCGUGUCUGCCUGUGCGGCCACUCCUCUGGUGCGCCUCCUCUGUUCUACUUUUAUUUCUGA